GAGGAAUCGAAAGAUUAUCAAUUGUGGCCGGUACGACAUGAACUCAUAAAUCUCUUGCUGCAUCGAUAAUGCUGCCGGUGUUUCCGGACUGCUAGGAGAACUGUUACUUUUUUGUAUCUGUAGUCGCCGAACAUCUAUACCGUCUGGAUAGAAGUGCUGAAGUUAUCGGGACUUUAAGAUGGCUAGAUCUUGCAGAUGAAGCCCGUCAAAAGAUUCACCGAAGCAUCGCCUCGCAUGGGACUCCUGCCCUCUUUCCCGACAAGUUUCCCGGAAGCAGUACUGCAGUUGCAGGCGCUGGAGGUAGUGGUAGUGAACAGGAGUUCACUCUUCCGGCAUAUAUGAGAAGCUUAUUUCCUUCCGCAUCACUCUCCAACCGGCCCAUUUAUGGAAGACUAGGUGCAAUCGACACGCCUUCUGGUUCGACCGUCUCAUCUAAUGAAGAUCGAAUAAUCGUUUCGAUCGACUUUGGGACGACUUUUAGCGGUGUAGCAUAUGGUUCAUCACGUAUUGCAGGGGGUAAAGUUCAACAAAUUCUCACUUGGCCAGGGACAAGCGAAAAUUUUUCAAAAAUCCCGACAUGCUUGUUAUAUGAUGAUGCCGGACGUGUAACGGCGUGGGGUUUGGAAGCGAAGUGUGCGAAUCCUGCGCCAGGUACGGUCAGAUGUGAAUGGUUCAAGUUGGUCCUGGAGCCUGGUGCAUUGAGGAAUGAAAUUCUGGAUCCGAGAUUACCCCAGCCGCCUUUGGGAAAGACAUCGGUGGAUUUGAUUGUCGAUUUCCUGACGUGUCUUUGGGACUAUGCCCGUGAACGAAUUACCAAAGAAACUGAUAUCGUUGUGAAUUCGGAUACUGCCGACGUUUGGCUCACUGUGCCUGCGACUUGGAAUGCGAAGGCUUAUGAAAUCAUACGUAUAUCCGCAGUCCAAGCGGAUCUUGGCGGCCAUGACUGGAAAAAUCGUCUCCAUAUUAUUGCUGAACCGGAGGCGGCGGCCGUAUAUUGUGCCACCCUUACAAACCUCCAUCAACUUCAUCCCAAUCAAAACUUCAUGAUCUGCUGCGCUGGAGGAGGCACAGUCGGCGUUGCGGUCUAUAAACUUAUCGGGCUCCAGGAUCUUGAAAUCGCCGAGUUGUGCGCUCGUUUGGGGUCGAAUUGUGGUUCGCUCUUCCUCGACUUUAGAUUUAUGGAGUUGGUGAAGACAUUAUUGGCGGAUCACCCUGUUCAUCUGGAGCCAGCGAGUUUAGCAUACUUUAUGCAUGUGUUUAACGAGAUGGGUAAGCCUGGGUAUCAUGGAGAAGGUGACGAUAGGAAUAUGUUCCAUUUUCCUUGUUUUAACGUCGAAGAUUCUGAUGAUCCCUCUGUUGGCUUGAUCGAAGGCAAACUGGUUAUUCCGGGCAUCUUGCUUCGGAGGGAGGUAUUCGAUCCAGUCAUUGAGCAAGUUUUGAACCUGAUUGAGGAACAAAUUCGCCGUGUUGAUCAGAGCAUUGACGCGUUAUUACUCGUCGGCGGUUUUUCAGCAAGUGAAUAUCUCUUCAAGCGAGUGGACGAGGCAUUCUGUUCUCGUAUUAAUGUCAUUGCUCGCCCCUCGGACGCUGACACUGCAAUUAGUCGUGGUGCAGCUCAAUACGGCCUCGCUCGUCGUCCACCCGUCUCUUCCAUUAGCGCACCCAUGCCGUGUUUCAUGCGGUUCCAGUUACCUGCCGAGCCAGAGGACUGGCAAAGACGACCGGCGCAAAUCUACAAAGACAAUAGCAGCGAUUAUAUUUGCCGUGGUAGGCUGAGGUACCUUGUCACUAAAGGUGAGAUUUUGGCAAAGGGUCAGAGGGUUCGAAUCGGGUUCAGCAAGUUUACUUGUUCACCUCAAGACCGUUGGUUCCGUUCAAUAAUUUACACGUCGGAUAAAAUGGUUCGGUAUGAGGACGAAGACGGGAUAGACGAGUGGUGUAAGUGGGGCGUGGACCUCUACCAAAUACCUGGUUUCGAAGAGCUCGCAAAAAAAUCUCAAGGUUUCUGGACUGAUUUCGAACUUGGCUUGGAAGUUGAUUCGGUUGAAGUUCGGGGUGUCUUGCUAUUUAACGGUCAGGAGUGUGGCAGAGCUAUAUUGGAUUUCUUGGUCUGGCCUUCAUAUGCCAUACCGAAAAAACGUUAAAGCUUGCCGUCAGCCUUGCUACUUUCACUCAAUUCGCCCGUCCACGCCACCCAAGUUCCCAGCGUAUUUUACUAGAUUAUAUGUCACUUUUCUGCCUCUUCUGGCAAUGCAGGCAGCCGAUGGCUUCAGGUCAAGUCCUGUUAUCGUUGCAUAACAAAGUAUAACAUGCAUUCAUUUCGUGGUUUUGUUCCAUCCUCAAGGGUCACCCAAGAUUGGGGAAAACACACAACUGGCACCCAUAAUCACUGUCUCGUUUUUGUGCCGCAUUGGCAGCUUGUCUCAAUAAGACCCGAAUUUAUUCGAGGCAAUGCGAAAGCUGUUCUAUCUGAAGGGAUAAUCGAUGGACAUGCAAU